GUCAGACAGUCAUUUCAGCUUCAGACUUUCCUGUCCCGUUCACUCAUUUACCUUGCUUUUCGAGGCAGUGCCUACUCUUCAGAAACAGUCGGCGAGGGGUCACCGGAUGACUAAUAGUAGUGUUGUCUUCACCCCUUCUGCUUCUUGAUAAAGUGCUUUCUUUGAAGCAGUUUCGCAGCUCGCAAAGACUUCCUCUCACCUCAUCCCCUACCCUACAUUCUUCACGUCUGUGGAUCGCAAGCAAUACUUCUAGACCUACAUCCACUGCUUCUCUUUUCAUCAUCACGUCUGCCAAAGUUUUGAACUUUCAACUAAAAUCUCGCGUCAUGUCAGACGCAACAAAAGUUCCGUACGCGCCUCAGGACGUACAGGAAGUUCAGACUCUCAUUCGCAAUCUUGAAGGGGGUCUUAAGAGAGAUAAAGGCGCUAAGAAAUCGUUCAGCUGUAAGAAGACCGGCUUUGAUGUUGCUGGCUCUCCUGCCAAGCUCACGGUCACCUCAUGGCGAUUUCAAGACUGGGAUUACAAGCGUGACGACCUCCCAACCUAUGCCAGAGGAUUGUUUAUGAGCAAGAACGAAAAGGGCCAGUCAGAAAUCUGCAUCCGUGGAUACGAUAAGUUCUUCAACACCGAUGAGGUCAAUAAUACCAAAUGGCGCAAUAUCGAGACCAACACCAAGCCACCAUAUGAGUUGAGUCUGAAGGAGAACGGCUGCAUCAUAUUUAUCAGCGGUCUGCAUGACGGGACUCUUCUGGUUUGCAGCAAGCACUCAACUGGCGUAAGAUCUGGGGAAUUGAGCCAUGCGGUCGCCGGAGAACAAUGGGUCGACAAACAACUCGCAGCUAUUGGCAAGACAAGACAAGACCUCGCCAGAGAGCUGCGCCGCAGGAAUGCUACCGCCGUUGCUGAACUAUGUGAUGAUGAUUUCGAGGAGCACAUCCUUGCAUACACAAAAGACAAUGCUGGCUUGUAUCUUCAUGGUAUCAACAUCAACAUCCCAGAGUUCAUGACCUAUUCAGGCGAGCAAGUACAAGCUUUUGCGAGCGAGUGGGGUUUCCGCAAGACAGACUUCCUUGUCUUGAACGAUAUUCAGGAGACCAAGAAAUUUCUUGACGAAGUGGCCGAUACUGGUGCCUAUAAUGGCCGCGAUGUCGAAGGAUUUGUUAUCAGGUGCAAGUCUCGUGAAAAUGCCCAUGGUCCAUUUGCAGACUGGUUCUUCAAGUACAAAUUUGAAGAGCCAUAUUUGAUGUACCGUCAAUGGCGCGAAUGUACCAAGGCCCUGAUCUCAGGAAGAGCUCCGAGAUUCAAGAAGCACGUCAAGAUCACUGAAGAGUACCUGCUUUACGCCCGGAAGCAACUUGCCGACAAUCCUCGCCUUGGAAAAGCAUAUGCCCAGAAUCAUGGAAUCAUCAAAUUGCGGGACGACUUCUUGAAGGAGAAGAACCUGAAAGGCUCCGACAUUAUCAGAGAAGAGUAUGCAGCUAUUGGCGGUGCACCACAAGACGUGACGAAGAACAUAAUUCUGGUUCCUGUUGCUACCUUAGGCUGCGGCAAGACUACGAUCGCAGUCGCACUGGUCCAUCUCUUCAAUUGGGGGCACGUCCAAAACGACAAUAUUACGGGCAAGGGCCGCCCACCCAAAUUCACCAAGGAGGUCUUGUCACAGCUGGAAUCCAUGCCUGUGGUCUUCGCUGAUAGGAACAACGCUCAGAGACAUGAGCGCCAACAAAUCCUCGGAGAUGUCAAACUUACGCAUCCAGAAGUCCGUUUGGUCGCUUUGAAUUUUGUACACUCACCAGAUGCUCUUGCUAAAAUCAGAGAAAUUACACAAACCAGAGUGUUUGCUCGUGGUGACAACCAUCAAACUAUUCAGGCAACUACGGAGAAGAACAAAGUUGUUGGGAUUAUGGAAGGCUUCAUCCAGCGCUUUGAGGCACUCAACCCAUAUGGAAAGCCAGACGAUGAAUUCGACGCUGUUAUCGACCUUGACCCUACUGUCGAUUCUCGCGAGAAUCUGGAGACUGUUGUUGGACAACUAAGCAGCCUCUUCCCCAAGCUAAUUCCUGAGAUGCCCUCUGGCGAAGAACUCGACGAAGCUAUCAACAUCGCUCUGAGUGACUACAAGCCUGAAAUGCGACACACGAUUGGCGAUCGAGGACCUGCAAAGGGUGGCAGAAAUAACAACCAGAACCAACAGCAGCAGCAACCCCCGGCAGCCAAGAAACCACGUCCACUCGAAUAUGUCGCUGUCAACCUCCCGAAAUCCGAAAUCAAUGAUGCUCUCGAGACCGCUUUUGCGUCCGUCUCUACCAAAAAAGCCCGUUUCUUUAGGCAAUUACAACAAACACGUCGUGUUCAACCAGAGUUCCAUGUUACCUUAAUGCAUCGUGCUAGCUCCAAGCAACGACCAGAUCUGUGGCAAAAAUACACCGACAUGCACACCAAUGCUGGAGGUGAUCCUUGGGCUGGAGGAAGUAAGAUGGGAGAUUGCAAGAUACUUCUAGAGAGGAUUGUCUGGGACAACCGCAUCAUAGCUAUUGUUGCUCGACUUGUUGACGAAGGUUGGGAGUGUGUCAAUGCGGUUGCACAUGUCACAGUAGGAACUCGCGGGGAUGAAGUCAAGCCAAAGGAGAGUAACGAUCUUCUGAAGCGAUGGCUUGAGGUUGGUAGUGGUGAUGAUUCAGGCAUAGGUGAAGUGGCUAUUGUGGGCCGGAUCGUGGUUGAUGGUACCGUCAAGGGAAUUUUAGCACGUCACUGAAGUUAAUGAUCAUGACUGAACGGUGUGGUAUUAUGCUGCCACAGUCUAAGCGAUAUGGCGUCUCGGCUUGGGCUUGAAAGCCGCAAAAGUUUAGUAGUCUAUUAGAUUCACAUGGCUAUUGCAAAAUAGAUACUAUUUGUGAG